GUUCAUUCAACGCUUAUUAUUCGUUUUUUAUUUUUAUUUUUUUACUUUCAUACUAUAACAUGACUGAAGCAUUUUUAGGCCUCAAACUGAAGGCUUUACUCCAUACUGAUGUCAGGCUAGAAGGCAUAGUAUCUGACAUUGAUCCCGCAACUUAUCAGAUGACACUUAAAGAUGUGACACUCUUUUUUCCCGGUCAGCCACCUCAUUAUACACCCAUUUAUGGUGUUUUUGGUAAAGAUAUCAAAGACCUUCAAGUCUUUGAGCUUGUAACUGGUAGUGUCUCGUCCAAAGCGCCAGAAAAUCAUAUUCUCGACCAUACACCACCACUUUAUCAAGAAAAGACUUUGGCACCUACAAGAUCUACUUCGAAAAAUCGAAAAACAAAACCAGCUUUGCGUAACCAUAAAAAAGCAGAAAAUACAUGGGCUGGCGAAGAUGUAAAUAUAUUUAAAGAAGAAGAGUUUGAUUUCCAAAAGAAUUUAGACAUGUUUGAUAAAGCAAAGAUUUUUGCUGAAAUAAGGGAAUCAGAUGAAACAGCGCCUGAAGAAUUAUUAGUCACCUUGAAUCGAUUGCCUCAAAAGAAAGUCAAUUUAUUACCAUCUGAAAAUGUAUUGGAGGUUGAACAAACACCUUAUCAUACCAUAGACAAUUCAGAAGAAGACGAAGAAGAUGAUGAUGAUGAUAACAUAGGCGAUGAAAGUGAUAAUGAUUCACAAACACCAGAUGAAUAUAUCAAGAACAAGAGAAGACAACGAAAUAGUCCAGUAUCAACUGCCAAAAUUAUUACAGCCAAUGGUAUUCUAUGUCCUUCUGUAUCUCCUUUACAGAUGGCUCAUGUGGAGCAUGAAUGUUCUCAAGUAUCAGACAUGUUUGCAGAAUUAGCCAUUGAAAGUGGAGGCCGAGGCACUGCUUUAUUGGCCUUACAGCAGAUUCGGCCCAAUGCCAAAGUGAUCAUUUUGGCUGGUAACAACAAGAAUGGUGCCUUAGGUCUUGUAGCUGCUCGUCACCUUGUCAAUCAUGGUUGCCUCGUUACAGUAUGUAUUGCUGUAGCACAUCCAAUGCAUCUUAGCAAUGCGGUUGCUAGGUACGAAUCUUUGGCAACCCAAUGUGGUGUAUCUGUGUGUUAUUCAUCGAAUCAGUUACAAGAUGCGGAUAUGGUGAUUGAUGCUCUGCUUGGUAUCGAUGAUAAAUUGGUGGAUAUUUCAGACCGUCCUACCUAUGACAUUGUGUGUCAAUCAAUAGACUGGGCCAACCAACAAUCCAGGCCUAUUUUAGCAGUUGAUUUCCCUAGUGGUAUGGAUGCAAGUACGGGUAUACCUCAUCAUCCUGAGCAUAAGAUAUGUCCUACAUGGACAUUGUGUCUAAAUGCACCCAAGACAGGAUGCAAAUCGUUGAAGACUACAGGUGAAUUGUAUUUAGUGGAUACUGGUAUACCAAGGUUAUGCUGGAAGCGUGUAGGCAUCAAAGGAAACACAAUACCCUGGGGUGCUGAUUUCCUUGUUGCCUUACAAUACAAUGAAUAAAAGACAUU